CGUCCUAGUUGUUCCGUUUCCAUUCAUCUAGAUUCCCUGCCCCCUUACCUUCUCAUCUUUGAAGUAAUUGUUGACUGUUUGGUCUCAUCUAGGUGAUUUUUAAAGGAGCACAGUGCUUUAUGGGUGAUAUUCAUUGUUUUUUUGAGCCAAUCUGUUGUUUAGCUACAAGGUGACCUCAAGAGUUAGUUUCUGUUCAGGGUUUGAAGAGCAUCUUAGGGCAGUAGUCUCAGGGAGUCCUCUAGUCUCAAUCGGUCCAAUAAGUCUAUUUUUGUUGUUGUUGUUGUUUAUUUAAUCUCAACAGCUGUAUGAAGUGGGUGCUGUCAUUCCAAACUCCUCUGCCCCCCACCAUUUUACAAAUGAAGAAAUAGAGGCUCAGAGAGGUUAAGUAACUUGCCCAAGGUCUCAGAGCUAAUCAGUGGAGCUCAAAGUUGGGAAUGGAACCAAUGUUUCUUAAUCUUUCAGGCUGAUAUUGUGUUGGGGACCCCCAAGACCACACCCUGGCCCAGUGAUUCUCUAGGAGGACUCACAAGACAGCAUAUAGCUGUACUCAUGGCUAUGAUUUAUUACAGUGAGAGGAUGCAAAGUACUAUCAGUAAAGGGAAAAGGUGCAUGAGGCAAAGUCUGGGGGAGACCAGGCGCAAGCUUCCAAGAGUCCUUCUCCCGGUGGAGUCACAUAGGACGUGCUAAACGCUUCCAGCAACGAGUUGUGACAUGUGUGAAAUAUGGUCAUCCAGAGAAGCUUGUUAGAGACUCAGUGCCCAGGGUUUUUACUGGGUGCUGGUCAUGUAGGCACCCUCUGCCUAGCAUGCACCAAAAUUCCAGAUUCCCAGAAUGAAAGCAGCACAAACCACAUUGUUUUCAUAACAGCUUAGUCAGAGUGAGCCACUCUUAUCAGUUCUGGGAAUGGAGGGAACUCUCCCGAAUUCCAAGUUCCCAGAUGCUAGCCAAGGGCCAACCCUGCAAGCAGGCCUUUCUAGGGGGAGCAGUGUAGGGCCUGUUGCAUUAACUCCUUUCUGUACAGGUACGCUUUCUACUCUGCUGUGUUUUUUGAAAGGGGCAAUGCACGUUUUCCCUUUUCUAUAAGGAUUUAUUCCCCAGUAAAUCUUACAUAAUCGUGCAGGAUUAGAUGAGAGAAUAUAUCAGGGCACUUAGUAGAUACUCAGUAGAUGUCAUCAUUAUUCUCGUUGUCCACUUCCUGAGACUUUAUGUGUCUGGUAAGGAGCUCAAAUGAACUUCUAUAUAAUUAAUUCCUUCCUCACCCCCCUGUCAUUUCCAGGUGGCCCCUUUCAGAUUGAGGUCAACAUCUCCACCACCAGCAAGCUCCCCAAUGGCACCCUUUAUGUGGCCAAGGGCACCCAAGUGGACUUUAGCUGUGGCAGCAGCUCCUAUCCUCCACCCAUGGUUGAGUGGUGGUUCCAGGCCCCAGAUUCCAAGAUGGAGCCUUUUGGAAACAACAUGACAACCAGCUGUUUCACGCUGUUACAGAUAUCACAAAACCUUCAAGGGAAUUACACCUGUUUGGCCAAGAACAUGCUUAGCGGGAGACAUCAAGAGGUGACCACCGAGCUCCUGGUCUACUACCCCCCUCCAUCAGCCCCUCAGUGCUGGGCAGAGAUGUCACCAGGGUUGGUCAUGCUGCAGCUCAUCUGUCACUGGAACGGAGGAUACCCAGACCCGAACUUCCUAUGGACAGAAGAGCCAGGAGGUGUGAUCGUGGGGAAGUCCAACCUGGGGGUGGAAAUGCUGAACCGGUCCCGGCUCUCAGAUGGCAAGAAGUUCAAGUGUGUUGGGAGUCACAUUGUGGGCCCAGAGACGGGAGCCAGCUGUGUGGUCCAAAUCAGAAGUCCCUCCCUGCUCUCUAAUCCCAUGAAGACUUGCUUUGUCGGGGGCAACGUGACGCUCACUUGCCAAGUGUCUGGUGCCUACCCUCCUGCCAAGAUACUGUGGCUGAGGAACCUCACUCAGCCUGAGGCAGUCAUUCAGCCCAGUGAGCACUAUCUCAUCAACCAGGAUGACCAGAGCUCCACCCUCACCAUCCGCAACUGCUCCCAGCACCUGGAUGAUGGCUACUAUGUUUGCCGGGCUGAGAACCCCGUGGGUGUGAGGGAGGUGGACAUCUGGCUCAGCGUGAAAGAACCUUUCAACGUUGGAGGAAUCGUGGGAACCAUUGUGAGCCUCCUUCUGCUAGGACUGGCCAUUAUCUCAGGGCUUCUGUUGUAUUACAGUCCUGUGUUGUGCUGGAAAGUAGGAAGCACCUUCAGGGGGCAAGACAUGGGUGAUGUCAUGGUUUUGGUGGAUUCAGAGGAGGAAGAAGAGGAGGAGGAAGAGGAAGAUGCUGCAGAAGAGGAGGAGGAGGAGGAGGAAGAAAAGGAGAGGGAGGAGCUGCCAAAAGAAACACGCAAGCACGGCCACAUUCACCGAGUGACUGCACUGGUGAACGGGAACAUAGAACAGAUGGGGAACGGGCUCCAGGCUCUACAAGAAGCAGAAAGGACAGAGGGGAAUGGCACAAUCCCAGAGUAUGAAGGAUGGAAAUCAUCAAGCCAGUCUAUGAGGAUUCUGAAAGGGAGCAGAUGACAGCAGUGAGCUGCAGAGUGGCAUCGUUCACGAAGAAGACAGGCCAGUUUGAAGAAGAAGACUGUCGAUCGUUAUCUUUUCCUAAAAGCUGGGAAAGCAAGGUUGAAGAUAUGCUUUUCGUCCAGCUUUGACUUGCAUCCCCAACUGGGGUCUUGCCUUAGCCAUGGUUUGGGUCUCUCGGCAGAAAAGAAAAACACACACAUCUUUCCUUCCUUUUUUUUUAAUUGGUUUGAUUUGCUGUUAAGUCUUCUCAAGAAUGUUACAAAGCUUUGGGAAUGCGGUGUGUGGGGGAAGGCUGCGUUAACGUCUGAGGAGUCACUUACGCUGUGACUCCUGGCUUGAUCCAGGUGCACCUACUGUGGCAGACGCUGACUUGGAGGGAGGAGUGGGCAAAAGCCCACGGUCUCAGUGCCUUUUGCCACUAUCACAGGUUUGUAACCAGCCUGCCCUGGCACAGAGCUGUAUAUUGUGGGGUGAUAGGAAAAUGCCGUCUAUCACUGCCCAGGUGAGCCAGUGGCCGAGGAAGCAGGCAAAUGUCAAUUUCCUGGAAAAAGUGAGGCAGCGUCAGCUGCCUUUGCUGGUCAGGGGAAGGCAGCUGGGCUCAAGCUUUGGAGCUGGAACCACCUGGACUUGAGUCUGGGCCCUGCUCCUUGUUAUGCGGGCUUGAGCAUGUGGCGUUACCUCUCGCUGGGCUUCCAUGUCCUCAUCUGUAAAAUGGGUGACAUCAUACCUACAUUAUGGGGCUGUGGUGAGGAUCAAAUGAGGUCAUUUCGGAUGCCAGGCGCUCAGUAGAUACUAAUUAUCUUCUUCUUUGCCUCUCCUAGGGGAGGAGAAAGGCUAACUGUAGGAGUUACCGCCACGUGCCUUUCAUUCUUCGGAGAAUGGCUUCAGGCAAGGGCAUUUUCAGAGCUCUCCUGAUGAUUUUUUGCUCCCCUGAACAUACAGUUCUUUUCAAAGAGACAAGGGGCCGAUAAGAGGAAGUGCCUUUCAUGAUAACCUCACAUUUAGCAGUGCUUCAUAUUUAUACAAAAGCCUCUUUUGCUGCACUGUUCGCUUUCAGCCUAUCCUGGUCUUGACUUCUCCUGUGAAAGGCAGGAUAAAGGUUUGGUACCAGAGUUAUCUCGUGAGGAGGAGUCCUUGUACAAACCAGUUCAUCUGGCCUUGGUUUCUCCAUCUCCGAAGUGGGAAAACUUGUUUCCUUCCUACAUCUUAGGGAUAUUAUGGGACUACACUGAUCAAGUUUCCAAUGAAAAUAACGUGUAAUGAGUUUAGGCUGCUGAUACUUCCAAGCAGAUCCUUGGACAGAUUAGAGGUUUUUUUUUCCUUUCUGAUUUUAUCCAAAAUAUCUUAAAUGGCAGGGACCUUAUAAGGGUGCAAGCGAUAUGAGCUAAACAUGAAAAUCUGAUGUGAAUCUGCACUCUUUAAUGUUGCAUAGUCUGCUGUAAUGGGCAAGACCUCGGACUUAAAAGAGAACUUUUCUUUCUCUAAUACCCGUGACUCUGAGGAUGAGAAGCUGGUUAUCUAGAGUAACCCUGUAGCUGACGUUGGGGGAAGUUAUUUUCCUGGAUGAAGGGACUAAACUGAGUAAAUCACUCAGUGGGUGUCCUGUCCCCAGCUCAGACUCUGGGGCGCUCAGGAGCUGGCUACUAUUUCCACCCCUCAGGGAUAGCUGUGAAUUGCAGUUCUCCUUAGUUGGGCCAGGUCUUUUGCUCCACGGUACCUCAUGUGCUUAACCACUCUUAACUGUACGAUAGUGUCGCUUCAGAACGGGAUUCUUGGACCAGUGGCUUCUGAAGUCGCCGAAGUCUGAGUUAAUCUCUUUAAAGUCUUCCAUGGCUAAAUUCUUGAAUUUGAGAGUCUACUACACAGAGGCGACCAUAUUCAAAAACAAAACAAAAUGUAGGAAAAAAAAAAAAAAAAUACCAAGCUGGGACACAGAGAACAUUUUGCAAGAUCAUUGGGAUGCUUUCCACAACUUCCUCUUCUCCUGUGCGCACACGUGAUGAUAGGAAAUAUUUGAGGCAGGGUUUUUCCACUAGCAAAUGGGAACUUCAAGGUCUUGGUGCCAAAACACUGUAAAUUACACAUUUUUUGACCACUUGAGCUGUGGCUGCUAUCACUUAUUUCUGGACUUGGUAUGCACAUUAAUAUGGGUAGGUCGCUUAAGAGCCCCACUACUGGAGGUCUUUGAGUUUUAAGGCUUUUUAGAGAAUUAGGACCUCUUCUUCUUCUUCUUUUUUUUUUUUUUUUUAAGGCAAUCCAUCCCCAUAAUCAUAGAUACGUUGACAGAGGGCUACAGAACUUUGUCCUGAUGGUGCCAAAGUCCAGGUUACAUUUUGCUUUUUAAAAAUUUCAUCUGUCUGUGGUGUGAACUCUGGAGACCAAGAGAUCUACUUAUCAGAACUAAGAUAAAACACUUCAAGGAUAUCACAGCUGACAUCGCUUUUCCUUAUAACCUGGUGGACCAUCAGAGGAGGGGGUGUGGGGCACACAAUCCUAUGGCUUUGAUAUUAGCUCCAAGCCUCACAAGCACAUACAGGCUCUAUCACUGUAGCAGGAAAACACAUGAUGGAAAAAUUUCCAUAACCCAUGCACCAAGCGAGACCUGGAAAAUCUUCCUUGCUGGGUAAAAUUUGUAUGAUGCAAUAAGUGCCAACUGCCAUCUCUCACCAUGGGACUGGCCAGGAACUGCUGCAAAGAAAAAUAAGCAGAUCUGUCUGCAUUAUCCACAUUUUCAUAUUUGGAAGGGUGAGGUCAGGAGAAAUUAGUUCUGAGGUUAUAAUAUGGAUUUUUUUUUAAGAUUAUGGAAUAAAGUUAUUUUUAAAUAAAUGCUUUAGUGAUCUUUAUUUAGACCUGAUUAGUCAACAAAUUUGGGAAAACAAGUUUGCCCAAGACUUUUUUUUUUCCUACCAGUUUCUUAUCGGUAAUAACUUUUCAUUAUCUUCCAUGACUGGUAGACAGUACCGACCCUCUUAACACCUUCUAACUCAUCUGCAUCUUUCCUAAUCCCUCUGAGAAACUGUUUUUUUUUUUUUUCCAUUUUUUUCCUCCUUGUGCCAAAUGCCUGCAUAUCCUUAAACAUAUGCCACUUUUUUGGUCAGAUUUCACACUUUCCAACAUUAAAGGGCUAGGGUAGGUGUUAUAAUGGAACUGAUAAAGUGUUGCAAAAAGACAAUUUCUGUUAGCAGUCCAGUUCCCGAAGUGGGUGGCUCUGAAGUUCUUCACUUGGCUCAGCUAAUUUUAGUUGCCACCAACUUCUCACCUCACCCCCCCAACUGCAGGUUGUCCAAUUCCAUUCUUAUUUUUUUCUCUAGGCCCAUGGCUUUUCCUCAGUUUUUAGCUUUAGCUUCAAACAACCUCCCCUUCUCUUAGGUCAUUCCUCUUUCUUCCCCCACCCCUCCCUUUCUCUUCACUCCAGACUCCCUCCACAUUUCCUUCCCACUACUCCUUAGCUCUUUUGUGGCAUUUGAAACUUAUUUCCUUUUUAACCAAGUCGAUAUUUCCUACCUUGACCUCAAUUUCCCUUUUUUUUUUUUUUUUAACCCCACACUUCCCAUUUAUUUAUUUUUUUAAACCCAAGCCCCCCUCCUCCCGGUUUUCUAAGCUCCCCAUUUUACCUCUGCCUGUUUUCCUCUAUCUCUGGUCCUGAGCGCCUUUUUCCUGGGCCCCAUGUGACUACAGGCCUCCUGGGUUCCUACCCAUGUUUAUCCUGCUUGCUAAUUUCUGGACCCCACUCUUUUUCGUCUCCCCUCAUCUCUCACCUUCCCUUUUCACUACCAGUUUUGACAUUGCCCUUUCCCCUGGGCUUGCCUAUCUGUUCCCCAUUAAAAAAAAAAAAAAAAAACCCACGGGCUUUCUCUGAUCCCCCCGUUAUCCCCAGCUGCUCUGUUGGUGUCUUCUACCUGGGUUCCCGCUUAACCUCUGAUCUUUCCUCCUCCUCAGGCCCUCGAUUUCAUUUUCCAGCCUCAUUACUACCGCCUCCCCCACCCCGUUUUAAUAUGUACUCAGCUCCCGUUUUCCUGCCCC